AUGCAGCACGUCAAGCAGUUUGAUGUUGGCAAUCGCGGUACAGUGUGGCUCGUCAAAGGGGAUAAUGUGGAUAACGAGACAGAUACUUCAAAAAACACUCGCUACGUGCUCAAAGAGAUCCCUUUCCAAGGAGACGACGUGGCCAAGAAUCUGGCGAACUUGUUACAUGAAAGCAGACCCGAAGGAUCAACGUUUCACAAACUGACUGUCGACAUCCUCCGCGGUACGCUUAUUCACGCUAAACGGAUUUUCCACGGAGACAUAAAAUCCGAAAACAUCUUCAUCGAUGUGGACGCCGAUGGGGAACUGCAGGCCAAAAUCGGUGACCUCGAUGAUUUCAUCCGCGUAGCCGAGAGUACCACCAAUAAGACCAACCCAAACGCGGCACAACUGGUAGGCACCGUUCGCUAUUUGUCCCCGGAGCGGCUGCGAGGCGACACUAAUGUGCCGGUGAGCGUAAAGAGAAACGCCAAUAUUAGGAGUGUGGGCUGCACUUUCCUGGAUUUAGUGACAUACCAGUGCGUGUACUUCGUUAAACCCAAAGGAGAACAUCUGAAGGUGAAAAAGUACUGCAAGAACGAUAGCGAGACUGGGGAUGCCUUGAAGAAGUUGGCUGAAUUGCGGCAUUUUCUGGAGAACGGCGGGCGGCCGUGGGUACCACCUAGUCUGCAGCCGGAAUUACGGGCAUUUAUUGCACGCUGUCUGGCAGAAAAUCGAGCACAGCGACCAACCGCAAAAGAGUUACUAGACGACCCAUGGAUCCACUGCGAUCCAGCGAUUCGAUAUAUAGAUGGAGUGCCUUACGAGCCGCAUAUCAUCCGACUGAAACACUCCAAUCUACUACCCCGUCAAGUGGACGGGGAGUACGAUAUGAAGAACGUGGAAUGGAAUCUGCCAUGGAGUAACAAUGCCCACUGCGCCAUCCGCUUUCUAGCGCACUUCGGAGCGCCCCAUUUUCGGAUAGCCGAUGCGGAAGAGCUGGUUUACGCGUGUCCGCGCGCCCUGACGCCGGGCCAGCCGAUUGAGAAGAAAUAUCGCGAUUUAAUUCUGGAGGGUCUGGAGACGAGUGAACUACUGGUCGAACAGCCUCUCCUCGCCGCUAUGGUCCGCCACAUGCUCAACGACGACCGAAUGCCGGCCAAGUUCACGGCCCGUCUGCAGCCAGUGGGUGCGCCGUUCCCCGAUAUGGGGGCCUGAAUGAACACGAUGGAAGUGGAGCACGAGUACGCCGUCAAGGUGGCCGCCACCUGGGCGGAUAUCAAACCGAAAUGGACGCUGGCCGACCGGUGAUGGUGAUGAUGUACGCGGGGUCCAUCGGGAUGCGCAUGCCCGUCUUGGAUACCUUUCGAGGCAUCAACGGCGUCCCGGACCAUAUUCCAACGUUUUCGGUCACAAUUAUUAUUAACGGGUACUAUAUAUAGUGACACGGAUGCCAAUCGCAUACUGAUUUGUACAGGUUCGUCGCCCAGCCUGUCGAAGAUGUUGUGAUUAAUGUGCAAAUUUGAACUAGCCAAACCUAUUUGGCCUAAUUUUAGUUUUUAAUUCCUUUCCGUUACGAAUGAAUGCUAUAGUUAAUGGGGUAACAUCUGUUGUACAUCUCUUAACGAAUUACCCUUCCUACCGAGGCUGGUUCCGGCAAAACUGGCUGCGGUAAAGAUUUGAAGGUAAUCUUGAGAAUAAUAGCAGUUCUAAUUGCUUAGAAGAUUUAUUAA